UUUAGUGUUUCUUUCAACAAAACACGGUUUCUUAAUAAUCAAAAAGAAAAGAUGAGUGCUCUUGCUGCUUAUAAAGAUACUCCACCCAACAUGACGUACAUUUGGAACAAGAAAAAGCUUUACGCGGAUGCGAUCAAGAAAUUAAACAGGUCGGAUUCGCUUUUGGUCGUCCCAAUAAAUUCGAUAGACAAAAUGGAUGCUACGAAAACGACCCCUAGCUUGGUUUACUUGUGCAGCGUUGAUAGCAUUUUCAUUUUCGACCUAAUCGCGCUUAAAGAAAACGGAAUAACGAAGGAGAUGUCGGAUAUUAUCAAAUCGAACAAAAUAAAAUUCGUCUUCUCCAAACCUAUAACCUUUAAUCGUUUGGGAAUUGAUAAUUGGCAUAACAUACCGAACGUUUUAGAUUUUGAAGCUUCAGGAGAAAAAUUCUCCCCAUUUGAUGAUGAUGGCAACCAAGAGGAAGCUGGUGCAAGUGCCCCAAGUACCGAGUUUCGUAUUGCUGACGUCGAUUGGAGCGUGCGUCCGUUUAAAUCUGACGAACAUUUUAAGGCUGGAAAACGCAUAUAUCAAUUGCUCAUCGUUAAUUCAUACGGCCCCAAAACAGAAUAAAUUGAU